AUGGCUUCCAUGUCCGAAUCGGAACUCAGGGCCACUGCCUCUUUGCGCCGUCGUGCUGCCUUGUCAAAACCGAACCGUGCGACCCCUGAAGAGAUUUCGCUUCUUCAGGAGGCCUCUAACUCCGAGGUUACCGAUAACUUCAUAGAGGGACCCUACACCGAAGCCCAGGUCACUGAAAUUUUCGGCCAUUCGGAUUGGGGCAUCAUUCCCAGGUUCGUUCUUGAGCAAGGCCUUGAGAAGAAGAUUCGACCCAUAGAUGAUGGGCAUGCUUCGCAGGUCAAUGAGGCUUUCACUUCCUUGAUUAAGCUGGAACUUCAAGGGGCCGACUUCGUUGCGGGUCUGGCUCUGCUGAUCUCCCAGGCCGAAAAGGAACGUUCAGAGCGCCUAGGUGUCGCUGCGAGGAAGUGGGUGGGUCGGACCCUAGACCUCUCAAAAGCUUAUAAACAACUAGGGGUACUCCCGCAACACCGUGACAUCGCCGUCAUCUGCCAUCCCAAUGAGAAUGGCGAACCGCAAUUCUUUAUUGCGAACGCACUGAUGUUCGGCUUGACAUCGUCGGUGUAUGGAUUUGUAAGAGUAGCUAGAAGCUUGCAUUUCCUGCUGGCCAAAGUGCUGAAGAUCCCUUCAGCCAACUACUUCGACGAUUACCCUCUCUUCACGUUGAGAGAUGGGGCCCACGAGCUUGAUGGUUUAACUUCCGAAUUCCUAGAAUUGCUGGGGUGGCGCUUCGCCCAGACCGGGGUAAAGGGUCAACCGUACGAGGAGGCCUUCACAGUCCUCGGAAUGCAGCUGGACAUCAGUCGUUUGCAUGAAGGUGCUGCCGUGCUGGCAAACAAGGAAGGCCGUGUCAAGCGCAUUUCCGAAAUGCUGGGCAGCAUCUUUGACAAGGGAGCCCUGGGCAGGCAUGAGGCGCAAGUUCUCCUUGGACUCUUGAACUAUGCCUCAGGUUUCUUUGCAGGCCGAUCCUUGAAGCCAGCGUGCCACUUCCUGCUCUCCUUGGUAAGGGGGAAGCGCCAAACGGCUGCCGAAAUAAAGCGCUUCUGCAAAACUACGCAGGCUGUCUUGAGCACCACUCCACCUAGAGUCCUUCGCAUCUUUGACCCUCGACCGCCCAUUCAUGUUUGGACGGAUGGAGCUUGGGAAGAUCCUUGGGCGGGAAUAGGUGCGGUUGUUCUUGACACGCUAGAUGAUAGUGCCAGGGUUUUUGCCGGUUGUGUACCCGCUAAGCUUUUGGAACGCUGGAAGCUGGAUGUGGGAUCGCAACUCAUAUGCGAGAUCGAGCUCUACGCUUUGGUCACUCUGCGUCGCAUGCUCCAAAACAGCUUGUGCAACAGAAGAGUCAUCUUUUGGCUUGACAACGAGGCCGCACGCACCUCAGCCAUCAAAGGUUUGAGCCAGAGCGAGUCGAUGUAUCGCCUCGCCCAUUAUCUUGCAGUGAUCGAAGCUGAGGCGCCUUGUAUCGCUUGGUACGAGAGAGUGCCUUCCUUUUCCAACAUAGCCGAUCCCCCUUCACGAGGUGAGGGGCACAGCAUCCUCAGCUUGGUAGGCGCCAAGGUCGUGGAAGCUUUCAUCCAUGAUGAAAGCUCAAACCAGAGAUUCCUUCAUCAGGGGUUCGCGUGA